AAUUCUCGUAAAAUUGGUGGCCUUGGUUCAAAUUAACCAAAAUGGUGUACGUAUUUGGUAAGGCCAUUACUGAUGAAACUCUUAGGGCAAAACCGGAAUACCAGGGCAAGGCAAUAACACUCAAUGACAGAGCACGUGAGGCUCUAAUAAUGAAAAAUUCAGAGGACAGAGAUGUUAUGGUUCGCCAACAAGUCGAGAAACUCAUGGAGAAAGUAGGCGUUCGUGUGUUUACAGUUUGCCUAAUUUACAAUGCCACUGGGGACACCUUAACGUUGGUUACUUAUCGUGACUGGUCCGGCCAUAUUGGAUUCACCCCAUACCCACCAAAGAUUGAAAAUGGGCAGUUUGGUGUGUUUCUGCACGUUGGAGAUGUUGACACCUCUGAUGCUAGUUCAGUCGGGGCUGUCGUUUAUCGUGGUAAAAAAAUGGCUGGUGAAGACUGUGACUGGAUGCAAGCCUGGACUAACAAAAAGUCUAACCAGGCUUAUUCUGAGAUCCGUGAAGUUGACCACUGGAAGAUUGGUGAUGACGGAAUCUGGGACGUUGUCUAUAAUAAAAUGAGCAAGUCCAGCGUCAUGAACAUCGAAAAAUGGGAAGGAGUUUCCUCAGUUGUUGUCAUUGGCAACGACAGGUGCUCAAUCUUUGAGGCAAUUCUCCAGCAUCCAAACUAAGUGUUGCUAUCCUUGGUCAAUACCGAAGAUCCCAAGCCGUUAAUGAUGUAUUAUACUAUGGAAUAAUUAAAUAAUUUGACAGCUUGGUUGUUGUGUGUGCUAUAUAUAUUUAUAUAUUAACUA